UUUCCUUGCGACCGCAUCCAUCAUCAGUGAUUCAGUAUCACCAGUAAGCGAUCUGGUUAUCGCGAAAUCGCCUGUUUUUUUUAUUUUCUUGAACUUUUUUUCCCUAACGUUGUUAUUGGAUAUACAUGUCUUUACAUUUGUUUGACCUUAUUAAAACCCCACAUCUCAACCUUUGAGACAUGGGCAAUGCAGAGACACUACCGGCGGCUGGACGAAAUAACAGACAUGGAUGGUUACCCAAAGUCAAACCGCAUCGCCAUCCCAUCCACGGAAUUUCCAGCAUUACGGGAGUGUAUUUCAGCUGUGCAUCGCAUCCUGAUCUGCACAUGGCCACAUGUGGGAAUUGCUAUAAGCUGACACUUCUCCAGCGCAUCAAAAACGCUGCUAAGUAUACCGUGCCAAAACUUCACCUCAGGAAGAAAAGAUGCGAGGAUCCUGUAUCCUGUUCCGAGAAAUCGUCAUGUAGUUUAAUUUCCUAUCGUCCAUCCAGCACGGAUAGCGAUUAUGGUUCAGUUUCAAAGAGCUUUAGUAGCAGUAUCUCGUCCAGUGGCGGGUCGGUAACAUCAACAGGAUCGAAUUCGUCGACCGGAAGUACAAAUUUUAAACGACGCCGGAGUCGUGGACGAUGUGAAAAACGAUGGACAAACGUUCCCAACCCGUCGGCUUACGAGUACAAAACUGUCUGGCCGGUAACCGUGAAGGAGUCGCUGUUUCUGCCCGAAUUCCCUAUUAAUAAGCAACCUCCUGCCGCCAGAAGUUUUGAGAUUGUGAAAGAGAUAUCACGUGGUAAGUUCAGCGACGUUUCCAAGAUUUGUAUGCGCAAUAGCCGCGAAGAAUACGCCAUGAAGCGAAUGUCCAAAGAUAGCAUCAUCCGCACCCAUGCGGUUAACCAAGCCAAAACCGAAGCCAUUAUCCAGAGAACGUCACGGCAUCCGUUCCUGGUCUCGGCUGUUGCCACAUGGCAGUCCCGCACCCACGUUUAUAUCGUUACUGAGUACUUUCCUGGUGGUGAUCUGGCUGCGAUCUGGAAAAACUUCGGAGCCUUUCCCGAGGCGGUAGUGCAGGUGUGGGGUGCAGAAAUCGCCCUGGCACUUGACUUCCUGCAUACAAACGGCAUCAUAUAUCGGGAUCUGAAACUUGGUAAUAUCCUGGUGGAUAUCAAUGGUCAUCUGAAGAUAUCGGACUUCGGGCUUGCCCGCUACACCACGGAGGAGCCUCGCGCCAUGACUAUUUGCGGCACACUCAAUUACAUGGCUCCGGAAGUACUCUUGGGCGAGCCAUACUCGUUCGCCGCCGACUGGUGGUCCUUCGGCAUUGUGUUGUAUACCCUGUUAACGGGGGGAUACCCCCUUUUGUCAGAGAAGGAUCAUGUCGUCAUGGCAGAAAAAGUUUUGAACCACUCGUACACUGUGCCGGAUGGUCCGGCGCUCUGUAUUUCGGCUUCAGCCAAAUUGCUGAUUGAAAGGUUACUGAAGAAGGUGCCAUCGCGGCGUUUGACGGACUUCAAACAGAUCAGUGCCGAGGCGUUCUUUUGUGGAUUGAGCUUUGCCCAAGUGCACCGCAAAGCUAUUUGCCCGUUUACCUUUAUGCAUUUUUCGAAUCAGAACCAUUCCCAAGAUGUCGAUCAGUCCGUAAAUGUCGAUCAAUCCAUGGAUGAGUUCGAUUUCAUGGAUGGAUAAUUUCAAAAAGAGUUCAGUAUUAAACUGGUUGUUUCACUGGAUGCCUUCGUCCUUUUGCUCAUUCCCAAGAGCGUGUUUUCAUUAGUUUUAUCUUAUUGCCAAAUUAAUCUAAUAUAGGCAUAUUUUUAGUUUUAUCUUGUUGCAUGAUGAUGUUCUUCUGAGAUUUUUGUCGCCAAUUUUGCAUGUUGUGGCAUUAUAUUGUUGUUUGUAUAUCGUGGCGCUUGUAUGUACAUACAAUAUGAGCGCGGAAUGUUGUUGCCCGUAUUUGGAAGAUGUUUUUCAUUACCUUGUUGUGAUGUGACUGAUGUCGAUAAUUCUCACCGUUUUUUAUUCCUCAGUAGUCGUGUAUCAUUUCCAUGAGAAAAUAAAAUUUUGGUUA